AUGUCUGAAGUUGCACUGAAGCCGCUGCCCGCAGCGCCCGGCUGCCUCGCCAGCCAAGACCAAGAAGCCAAGGGCCCCCAAGGGACAGGGCAAGCCGAAGAAGCCGUCGACCCACCCCCCAGUCAACGACAUGGUUGUUGCUGCAUCAAAACCUUGAAGGAACGCAAACGGAUCGUCCCUGCAGGCCAUCAAGAAAAUGGCGUCGAGAAGGGCCAAGUUCGUCCAAACCAAGGGCACCGGCGCUUCCGUUCGUUCAAGCUGAAGGCUGAAGCUAAGAAGGCCGCCAGUGAGAAGAAACCGAAGAAGGCCGGCGAGAAGAAGGCCAAGAAGGCUACCGGAGAGAAGAAGAAGGCCACCAAGAACCAGCUGGGGAGAAGAAGGCCAAGAAGCCAGCCGGCGAGAAGAAAGCCAAGAAGCCGGCUGCAGCCAAGAAAGCCAAAGCUGCUGGUGCCAAGGCUGCCAAAAAGGCCGGUGGUGUGA